UCGUCUUUGCCCCUCCAGCUUCAACGAAUCCCACAUUCCCCCCCAAAAAUUGCUUUUUGGCUGUGUUUGUAUUGUUUGCAUUAAAACAAACGGCGUCGAACGUCGAGGUCGUCUGCCUUACUUGAUAUAUAUAUUUUUUGUGAAUUUGUGAAAUAGUCUGCGUCAUUUCGCACGCGCCAGACAAGAAGCAACAGCAGCGAGUGCAACACACGUAAAAUACGAAAAAUAAGCUAAAUUUCAAAUUGCAACCGAUGGAAUCGGAUUCGACGGAAAAAGAAAGUGCGGCGGCCACGACAGAGUUGCAAGCGUCGCCUCAAAGUGAAAGCGUUGUGGAUGAUGAAGCUGUAAAAGGAGUAGACGCUGUUGAAGCUGGCAACGGAAAAGGAGAAGGAGAUGGGGAGGCGACACCGCCGCCAAGCAAGCGGGUGAAGCUGCAAGAGGAGGAGCAGCAGACUGAAGGGAACGGGGAGGACCAAAAGGAUGAUGAUGAUGAGGAGCCACCGCAACUGGUUGCCGUGGAGCGUGUGCAGAGCACACAGAGCAGUCUGCGCAAAUUCAGCCGGAUACCCGUGUUCAUUGUGGACUAUCACAACGAUGUGCUGGAGUUCAUCUAUCGCUGUCUGGGCACACGGCAUCUGCCGCUUGAACGGAAUGUGCUGGUUCACUUUGACUCCCAUCCUGAUUUGGUGGUGGCACGCGACAUCCCGGCCAGCGCCAGUUACGACAAAGACACCAUGCUCAACGAGCUGAGCAUCGAGAACUGGAUCAUGCCCACGCUCUAUGCAGGUCACUUUAAUCGCGUUGUCUGGCUGAAGAACUCAUGGUGCCAACAGAUUCCCACCGGCAAGCACGAGUUCCGCAUUGGGCACAAAGAUGAUCGAAUUGGCGUCGACUGUCCGCUGGAUUACUUCAUGGCCGAGGGCAAUUAUUGCACCACCGACGAACUCCAAGAGUCGCGUCCGGUACAACUUCAGGUGCACGAUGCCGACACCGACGAUUUGGAUCCCACACAGUUUUUAUCGGCGGCGGAUGCAACUGGUUUCAUACUCGACAUUGAUUUAGACUUCUUUAGCACAUCGAAUCCGUUUCUGGAGAUCUACAAGGAUGCCAAUUGCUAUGCCCAGCUCACCGAAAUCUUUCACUUCGACAGCGUGGAGCCAGCGAAGCAAGCGGGCACCGCAACCAUUGCCGAUUACUGCGCCACGGCGGAGACACGGCAAAAGCAAUUGGAUGCACUGAAACGCAUCUUUUGGCACCUGGAGGAGCAGCGCAGUUUCGAUGGCUUGGAACCGCCAGAUGAGACAGUUGUCACGCCACAGAUCUAUGCGAAAAUUUUGCAGCUAGCGGAACAGUUGCAGGCCAAGUAUCCGGAUGAUGAGAUCGAUUGGCUGCUCAUCUUCGAUUCGGGCAGCACCACAGACAACAAUGGACUGCCGCAUCACAUUAGCACCAAAAAGGAGCUGGAGGAUUACUUUGCGCACUUUAAGCGCUUCCUGCAGCGUCUGCCGGUGCCACCAGUGGCCAUAACCAUGGCGCAUUCUGCCCAGGAUGAUUACUGCCCACAGGAUCAGGUGGCGUUCAUCGAGGAGCAGGUGCUGCGACUGCUGCGCGAAGUCUUUGGCGAUAAGCUGCACGAAAAGGCCAUUCUGCACUACAUGGACGAUCCCUGGGAUGUGAUGAAGCUCUAAGCUGCCUCUGUCCCAUUGUCCACUUCACUCACGUCAAGUCUGAACUGAAUCUCUUUCACUUGGGCGUGCCGAUGAUUCCAAAUUCCAUAAAAAGAAAAGAUUGCAGCAAAGAAAACAGCAACGAAAACUCCAUGCUAAUUUAAAUGAGCAAAGUAAACUUACUUAAUAUAUUAUAAACAUACGAAACGUAUUUAUUAAACAUAGUAAACACAUACACUUACACAAACACACACAUACACAUAACAUAUACAAUACAUAUGCUACAUUUAUACAAAGUCCCCUAAGCGUGAUUAUAAAUUUAUCGCAAUAAACUAGAUGACAAUUA